GGGCGGGGGGGGGGAAGCGCUGCCGGCCUUCGUCGGGGCGCGAUCGCCCUCCCCCCGGGGCCGCGGCCGCCGGCUCCUCCGCGCCCCGCUCGCCCGGCUGUCCCCCGCGGCGGGAGGGGGCGGCUUAACGAGCCUCAGUUGUGGCCCCGCAUGGCGGCCAGCUGGGCCGGGGGGCCGGGGGGGGCCCGCAGCGCGGGCGGCAGCUGAUCGCGUUUAACCGGGGGCGAGCGGGGAAGGGGCGAGGGUGGCGCUGCCCGUCCCGUCCCGUCCCGUCCCGCCCCGCCUCGCCUGUGCUCAGCCAGCGCCGCUUCCUCCCCUCUGCCCAGGCCCCGGCUGCCGCGCCGCCCCGCCGAUGGAGCUGGAGGCGCAGUGGUGGACAGGACAGCUGGCUGCCGACAUCCACCAAGCGCUUCGCUACAAGGAGCUGAAGCUGCCCUCCUACAAAGGCCAAUCUCCCCAGUUACAUCUGAGAAGAUACUUUGCAGAUCUGAUUGCCAUUGUGAGCAAUCGGUUCAGACUCUGUCCUGCUGCACGACAUCUAGCUGUGUAUCUGUUGGACCUCUUUAUGGAUCGUUAUGACAUAUCUAUACAGCAGCUGCAUGUGGUUGCUCUUUCCUGUUUACUUUUAGCAAGUAAAUUUGAAGAAAAGGAAGACAGUGUUCCCAAACUUGAACAGUUGAACAGCUUGGGUUGUAUGACUAACAUGAAUUUGGUACUAACAAAACAGAAUUUGCUUCAUAUGGAGUUGUUGUUGCUAGAAACAUUUCAGUGGAAUCUGUGCCUCCCAACUGCUGCUCAUUUCAUCGACUAUUAUCUUUCUAUUGCUGUCCAUGAGACUGAUCUUCAUGACGGCUGGCCAAUGGUUUGCUUAGAGAAGACUAAGUUAUAUAUGGCAAAAUAUGCUGAUUACUUUCUGGAAGUAUCACUGCAAGAUCAUGCAUUUUUAAAUUAUGCCCCUUCUUUAGUUGCUACUGCAUGUGUAGCUUCUUCAAGGAUUAUCUUGCGUCUCUCACCAACAUGGCCUACCCGACUGCAUCAUCUUACUGCAUACUCCUGGGAUUUCCUAGCACCAUGUAUUGAGCGACUACUAAUUGCGCAUGAUAAUGAUGUGAAGGAAGCAAACAAGCAAAAAGGACAACAUACUCAGUCUGCCCAACAUACUGUAUUUCAGACCCCAGCUCCAACUCCCCAGCAGGUUAAUGCUCAACAGCACAUACCACAGUAUCUCCAAGCCCAUCAAUCUUCAUUACAGUAUCACCAUCAGACAUCACAGCAGCAAAACUGUCAACAGAUAUUAUCAUCUAAUCAUACAGCAUCUUACCCACCUCAGACUUGCCCUGCUGCCUUACAGUCUAGCGUUCAGGCUCGAGGCCAUGUACAGACUGGUGCUGCAAUGUCACUAGCUGUUCCGCUAGAAGUGAAGCCAUGUGUAAGUGUCUCCUACAACCGGAGUUACCAAGUGAAUGGACGAUAUUCCUGUAUUACUCCCUGCUUUGAGAGGUGAUAAGUACAGAAUGGUUUUGUGCUUGUUUGUUUGGGGUGGGAAGUUGUGUUGAGGGGAUUUGUUUUGUUUUUUUGUUAAACCUCAAAUAAGUUUGAGGGCAACAAAUUGAAUAAAGGAAGUGUCUUUCCAGAAAAAAGCAACUGGAUUGGCAACCAGUACCGUAGCUCAAAUACAGACUGCAAAAAAUAAGCACACAGAACACCCUUUAAAAAGAACGUGUAUACCUGGGGGUAAUAGGUUGUUAAUCUGGUACUCAGAAUACUUUGUGCUUCUAACGCACAUCUUUGAAAUACUAGUCGAAAGAAAAAUAGCUGUGGACUAACUACAGAUUUACCUUUUAAUGAAGGAGAUAUGCAGUAUUAUUUUGAAGACAUUUAUGUCAUACCACCAUACAGUAUUAACACUUAUUUUAAAUUUACUGAAACUUAAGAAUCCAUUGAAUGCCAGACUUCUCCAGAUACAUGGGGACCACAGGAAGAAACAAAUCUCAUCUGGCUAACUCCAUACUCUUGCUCCUUUUUCAGCACUUGUGUUGGAUAUUUGCUUUAGGCUAAGGCAUUUGAGUUAACUGGUAUUUUGGCUAGUUUUUAUGUUUCGUACCUCACAGGAUAGACACUAUGUUUUUACUUCUUUUCUCCUCCCUAUCCUUUUUAUGUUUAAAGUAACUCUUUCAUACUAACUCAGGGAAAUUUCUACUCAUUACUCUGUGCUGCUGGUUUGUACACUUAAUUGGGUAUAACUUGAGGGAGGAAGGUAGAGAAGGAAGAGACUAUAGCAAGUGGAGUGGCUUUUCUUCAGGGCAUCUAUAUGCAGAGUACCAAAGGGAUAUGUUGGUGUUCACAGAAUGUAGAUGUGAACUACUGCCCAGCACUGUGGUAUGCAGUAAUUGAAGAAAAGAGAAAGUUUCAGCUUUCAGAACUUGUACUGUACCAGAACUACUACAGUGGCUGCGAUUCCUCUGUGUACACGCACAAACACACAUGUAUUAACCAACAGAAAGCAUCCUCCAAUUGUACUGACAGUAUCACUCAUACAAAAAGUACAGUUAAAUGCUUAUAGAAAUCCAGUUCUGUCAGGCUUAUAGUGGAGGGAAAUUCUCAGGUAAUAGUGGGGCAACUUUUUCUUCUACUGUUUGGGUAUUCCAGAAGAAAAUGCAGAGAUUUACUCUUCUAAAUGGGUGGAUCAAAAAUAUAUUGCAGAGUGAACUGCUUUAUCACAAUUAAGGUGCUAAUUACGUAACUUUAUGGAAUUACACUAUCUCCUGUGGAGUGGAUAAUCUGAGGGUAGAAAGCUUCACUCAUCCAACUCUUGGAUGAAAAUGGUGGUAGAGAUAUUAAUGGAGGAAUUUUUUUUUUUUUUUUUUUUAAAUACAAGAUACCUGAGACUUUCUCCUGUGGUAGAAUAUGGGAGGAAGAGGUAUGGAUGACAGGAUUCUUACUACUUUAAAAUAUCUUAUAGUAUGUGAGCUUAAGGCUUUUUUUGUUUAUUUGUUCUUUUGCCACCUUCUUCUCCUGUCUUAGUGGCAGCACUUAAAAUUGUAUACCAUCUAAUGACACUGAAGUAUUGUGAAUCUUACAGAGACUGUUUUGAAAGCAGGGGCAAUUAAGAUACAGUAUCAAUAUUAAGGUGAAGACUUUAUCAUAGGAGAGGGGACCUUACCAUAAUAUUCAGAAUGAAAGGAGGACAGCUGUGUUCAUUCUUUUGGGGGCUGAAUGAUAACAUGCUACAAAAACCUAUUUAUUGUUGAGGAGAAGAAAUCCUGUUUCUCUUGUUUUGGUUUGGUUUUUUUUCAUAAAUCCCAGGUUUUUUUGUGGGCUUUUGUAGCAUACAUGUGCAAGUCAAGAGGGGUUGGAGGAUGAAUGAAAGAGAUGACCCUCUCUGCUUUAUGCUAGAGAAUCAGGCAUAGUGUGGUCAACUCUUAAAUGCAAGUUGGUUUGGUUUUGGGUUUUUUUCCUCUCCUCUCUUUAUCUCUUAAUGAAUUUUUCCCCAUGUCUGAGAGCAGUGUUAAGUAGAGACUUUCCACCUCAUAAGAUGCCAUGCUUUUUAUUCAGCAUUGUUACUCAUUUAAGAGGGAAGUGGACUUCUUUCUGCUGGUUUCAUUUUGUUGCAAUGCUAUAUCCAAGUCCUCAGUGCUCUAACUACCUCUGAUGCUAUGAAUGUACAGUCUUGUAAUAGACCAUGACUUGAAAUAACAGCAGAUGCCUGUAGCAUUUUUUUCUGUAAAAUCUUUAAAUCAGCUAACUUGUCAUCUUUAUUUGUGACACAGCAGUAUAGGCUCUUCUUUUUUGGGGUAUUAGUAAAUUUAUCCCAUAGGCAUUUGAUAUAUUAAAAUUUAACUAAUACUUAACACUGGAAUUAUAAUGGGCGGGGGGCUUAUUCAGUUAGUUAAUACUGCAAAUUUACAUUUAAUAGGGUAUUUUUUAUUUCACAAUUUUAAGACAUUAGGUCAACUGUAAAAACAUCCACUACGUGCUGUUUGUUUUUAAUUUAUUACUUAGUCUGAGUUUUUUCUGACACUACAGCUGCAUAAUGACUACAGAGAAAAUGUACACUGAACAGUUUCAAUAUAUUAUUUAAAAGGGCUUUACCAGUGUACAUUAAAAAUACACUGUUCUUACUAUUAGAACCAAAACGUGUUUUUUAUGGCAUAAAUGAGAAUGGUGCUCCUAAAUGUAAAAUGUCCAAACCAAUGGAAUCUUUGUGAGUGCUAUGCAUUCAACUUAUUUUUAAAAAUAAAACUAGUUUUGAGUAAGAA